UUAAACUGGUCGAUUGGUCGAUACGCCGGGUGUAUUUCGCGAGAUAUCGGACGCUAUAUAUAUAUAUAGUCACCUUUACUUUACUAUAUAGUGCAGAUUUUUGCAACUUUGCUUGAAUAUUUUGUUUAUAAAAUCGGUUUACUGCAAACAAACGAGUUCUAAAAAAUGUGAAUCAGUAAUGGUUAGAUGGAUAUGUGUGUACAAAAACAGAAUUGAUUAUUGAAAUAUAUAGUUCAAAUACAUUAUACAUCGGUCAAAUUUACUUAGCCAAACUCAAGGAUAGGAUAUCAAAAUAGAACGAUCCGAUUAAAAAUUUAAGCAACUAUGCCACCCAAAAAUCUUCCAAUGCUUCCUCAAAAUAAGACUGGUUAUAUUAAAUACAAACAAUGGAAGUACAAAAAGCCAUUUCCAGACCUAUAUAAGUUAACUGCAAAGGCUUUAAUGCUAUUAGACAAACAAGGAAUACCCUUGAAUGAAACACUUGAUGAAAGAAGAAAAUUGGUAUUUAAGAAAAUGUACAACUUGGCAGAGUUAACACAACGGCAUGAUGAAGAGCUAAAUUUUCUCAUAGCAAAAUUAGAAAUACUUAAGAAAAAAUCUGCUUUAAAUCCAUAUGAAGCAAAAGUAAUGAUUACUGAACUCUUAUGGGGUAGGCAGUUUUUGAUGUCUGGUAAUCAAAAAGUCGAGGCUAUCAAGUUUUACGAAGAUGAUUUACGAGAAGCCUAUAUACAGGCCAGAGACAUUUGUAAUCCUAUUGAAAAUAAAAAUCCUAACUUACCAGUGUACAUUCGUAUUAACACCUUAACCAUAUCAAUUGAAGAUACACUUAAUGCUUUCUAUAAAGAAGGUUGGAAUCUUUUACCCCGAUGUAAUUCAUAUUCAGAAUAUUUAUCAGUGCUACAACGCUUAGGUGAAAGGGAUUUCAUUAGAGAUUAUCAUAUUUCUGAGCUCUUGGCGUUUCCACCAGGAACACUAUUCUACAAUCACCCUGGUUAUAUCAAGGGAAAGUUUCUUUACCAAGACAAGGGAAGCUGUCUUUCUAGUUUUUUAUUAAAUCCAAAACCAGAUUCAGUUGUAUUUGAUGCAUGUGCUGCACCUGGAAUAAAGACAAAUCAUCUCGCCAAUAUUAUGAAUAAUACUGGAUUAAUUUAUGCAAACGAUAUUCAUCCUCUAAGAGUUAAAAAAAUGAUUGAUUUAUUGGGUUUAACAGAAACCAAUGCAAGAAUUUUAAAAGAAGACUUUAUUAGUAUGGAUUAUUCUGCUUAUGCAGAUGUGAAAUAUAUUUUAGUCGAACCUAGUUCUACAUAUUCUGGUAUAUUCUAUGCUGUUGGUGCCAGAAUGAAAAAAGUUGGUCUAAUGCGUAGACAGUUUGUUUCAAACACAAUGUUAAGAUCUGCACUCCAACAAUUUCCAAAUGUGAAACGAGUUGUUUAUACAAUAUGUUCAUUAUACUCAGAAGAAGGUGAAGAAAUCAUAGAGCAAGUAAUGAAGGAAGUUGGCGAUUCAUUCACAUUAUUAGAUAUUAAGAAAAUGUUAUGGAAUGAAUGGGAAAGUAUGAGUCAACCAGGAAAUAUUUGUGGAGGAAAAUGUUUACGUAUUGUACCAGAAUAUGACCUUUGUCAAGGUUACUUUGUAGCAGUAUUUGAAAGAAAUUUCGACGUACCAAUACCCCCGUAUUCAAAAAAGCUUAGAAGAGCAGGUGCUGUCUACGAUAUAAAUGAAUUGGAGAAAGUUAAGACAGUAAAUCCUCGUGGAAGAGUUGUUGAAAAAUUAAUUCCCAAAAAUAAAGCCCCAAUAAUUGAACAGUUAAUAAAAAAACAACACGCUAAAACCAUAAAGAACAAAAACCAAAAAAUGAAUAAAAAAUUUAGGCAGCAGAGGGAACAAAGAUUUAUUUUGCAUAAAAACACUAAUGUUGCUACUAGUUCUGCAACAAUAAAUAAUACAAAUACACCACCUGUAUGUAAUGAAGAAAUGCAUACAAUAACUCAAAGUCAAUUAUAUCCAUAAGUCUGCUAUGUAUAAAGUUUUAUAGAUGUAUGAAGAUAUUUUAUAGUUUUUAAAACUUUCUAUUUUGUUACUAUAAUUUGGUAUACUAAGUAUAUAAUGCAGACAAAAAAUUAAGAAAAUUCCGCAAGUCUGUAAUAAUAAAGUUGAAGAUUUAGCGCGUUUUCAAAAUAUUUUACCUAGUUUUAAUAUUUGAUAAAAGUAAUAUUUCUGAAACUUUCUUGCUGAAGCAAUCAAUAUGUCAAUCACGUAUUGUAUAAACAAAAAUAUUGAUUGUACAACAGUUUCAUAUCAUUAGUGUCAGGACUAAAAACUGCUAUUUCAAUAUUAUUUUUUUUUGUUUUGAAAAAAUCACGUUUUCAUUACCUGUAUGAUGAAUAAUUCAGUCAGAAAAAUAGAUAAUAUGUAUGACUUGCAAAUUUUUUAGAUUAUGCAAUUAAGUUGUAAAUACUUAGAAAAAUAAUUAAUAAAGUAAGUUUUUUCCUCUAAUUAAAA